CCGCUGCCGUUGGCAUUUGUUCGCCGCCCGGCGCAGCUACAACAGCAGAAUAAGAACAAUGGAGGGCUCUCACUGUAUUAGUAUCAGAGUUGGGGGGGGGAGGGGGGUCGAGAGGGGCUUAAUGUGCAUGCGUGUGUCGCCCUCAGAGGCCAAAAGAAAGGUGCUUGCUUAGGCAUGCCUCCCUUCAACUUUUUUAUAAAAGAAGCGCGUUACCUUGUGGAUCGAGUGGCAGUGCUGCCACUGGCACUUGUGUUUACACAGGUCACGGCUCUGGAAUUCCGCUUCACCGGCGGCGCGCAAGCCAGCAACUGGCUCUUUGACAAACCCCCUAAUGGCCUGAAUCCCCCAGCCACCGACAGCGUCAGAUCCUCAGGCAGUCGCGAACUGCCGUUGCCACUUUCCAAAGCCUCACCCAAUCCAAUAAACCCAUUGGCUAAAGCCAAUGCCUCCGAGGCUCUCCCCUCUGUCGUGUGUCCCUCUUCGCCCUCGCAUAGUCUGCGUAUGUACUCGACCGAUUGCCUGUACUCAUCUGUCGUUAGAUCGCUCCCGAUAGCCAUUGUGCGUUCGAUAGACUCGUAAAACACAACAACAAAAAAGCAGCGGGGGGGGGGGG